AUUAUACAUCCAUGGUGCGGGUGCUGCUGGGCCCCUGUACUGCGCCGCGCCCCCGUCAAUGCUGCUGUCUGUCUGCAGCAACUACACACCUGCCAGCGGAAAGACGGGGCAAGGAUAAACUAGCCGACACUGCAGCCCCAUUAGGCUGGUGUUUUUCACUUAAAUAACUGGUUGGGGAACCGCACUGGAAGCGCUUUGUAACAAUCGCUUGCUAUCAGCUAGCGUUAAAUGUGGUACUAUCAUGCAACAGUGGUACUGUCACGCAACAGCUAACAUAUGAAGUUAGCUAGCUAGCUAACGUGAAGUGCUGCUAGUGAUGGCUGUGGUUUUGAAAAUAUUCUGUUUGCCGUUACGUUGUAGCUAGUUCAGCGUAGAUUAAUUUAAAAUUCACUUAACUCCUUCACGUUAGUGCAGUGGCCAUAAUACUAGUUAUCGGGCUAACCAGUUAAAGUACCACGUCUUAUCAUUUACGUUAGCUAAAACAACUCAUCUAGCUAACGUUAACUUAACGUAGCCAACGUUAAUUUAACGUUAGCCAACUAGCUAGCUAACGUUAGCGUCAUACUGCCCAACUCUUUUUUCAAUCAUUUGCAGUUUUGUGAGUCAGAGAAGGAUCAUUUAAGCGGAGUCUGGGGCCAAACCCGUGUAAAGGGUUGAACCCGAUACUUAAGUUAGGUCACAUUUACCUAGGUUAACUGCCCCACCUAAUAACUGACAGGAAACGUAAAGUUCAUCGAUCGUUGGUCCAGAUAGCAUUUACAAGAUAUUACCUGUUUGCUAGUUAACCUCCACUUUUGCACAGGAAUUAAAACUUUAUGCUGAUCACAAAAACAUUACUUUACCUUAUUAGUCAUUUCCCAGUCAGAAACUUCUACGUGGAGACGGUUAAGCUUAGUAAAUUAUCAUUUUUAGCCCGGAGAAAAGUGUCACCCAGUUUGUAGUAAGCAUGGCUCCUAAAAAGAGACCAGUGCCCUUAAACAUUGCUCCUACUGGCGAUGGGCUAUCCACCUCCACCAACACUGAUGUUGCAUCUGAGGCCAAUUUAGAAGCACUUAAAAAAAUAUUGGCAGAGUUGGACCUGGAUGAACAGCAGAAGAAAAGGUUAGAAGCUUUCCUUACCCAGAAGGCCAAGGUGGGCGAGAUGAGAGACGAUGAUUUCCAUCGUAUCUGUGAGCUGGGUGCAGGCAAUGGAGGAGUCGUCAAUAAGGAAUGCCACAAACCUUCAGGAAUAAUCAUGGCCAGAAAGCUCAUUCAUCUUGAAAUUAAACCUGCUAUCAGAAACCAGAUCAUCCGAGAGCUUCAGGUGCUGCAUGAGUGUAACUCUCCCUACAUUGUGGGUUUCUAUGGAGCAUUUUAUAGCGAUGGAGAGAUCAGCAUCUGCAUGGAACACAUGGAUGGUGGCUCUCUGGACCAGGUGCUGAAAGAAGCAAAGAGGAUCCCUGAAGAGAUUCUGGGCAAAGUCAGCAUUGCUGUUUUGAGAGGCCUUGCCUACUUAAGAGAAAAACACCAAAUCAUGCAUAGAGAUGUGAAGCCUUCAAACAUACUGGUGAACUCGCGUGGGGAGAUCAAGUUGUGUGACUUUGGUGUAAGCGGGCAGCUCAUAGACUCUAUGGCCAAUUCCUUUGUUGGAACAAGAUCCUAUAUGUCGCCUGAGAGAUUGCAGGGAACCCACUAUUCUGUGCAGUCAGAUGUGUGGAGUAUGGGGUUGUCCCUUGUAGAGCUGUCAAUCGGACGCUUCCCCAUCCCUCCUCCAGAUGCUAAAGAACUGGAGGCCAUAUUUGGACGUCACAUCUUGGAUGGUAGUGAGAGAGAGACGCACAGCACUUCACCCAGACCCAGACCACCGGGGAGACCUGUCAGCGGUCAUGGUCCUGCAAUGGCCAUCUUUGAACUACUAGACUACAUAGUAAAUGAGCCCCCUCCCAAAUUACCACAUGGCGUCUUCACCUCUGAUUUCCAGGACUUUGUGACAAAGUGUCUCAUCAAAAAUCCAGCAGACAGGGCUGACUUGAAAAUGUUGAUGAACCAUACGUUUAUCAAGCGGUCUGAGGCGGAGGAGGUAGACUUCGCUGGCUGGCUUUGUAAAACCAUGGGGAUGAACCAACCUGGAACUCCCACGCGCACUGCAGACUGAACACACACUCUCAACACACUCACGCACACAGUAUGCACAUGCAACAACAUGGAGAAGCUGCUGCCUAGAACCUUACAUCCACACACACACCUUGUUUGCCACAUCCCUCCCUCAGGUGAACCUCUGAAGUCUCCAUAUAUCAAAUGAACUCUACUGACAUGUAAGCCAGUUGAUCACAUGCUAGGAAAGAUACCUUUUGUGGAAAGUCGGUACACAGGGAUUCUGUUAUCCAUAAAAAUGUUCUCUCCUACAACAUAAUUUAUCUGAAUGUUAGUGACAACAUAGAGAACAUGGUCAUUGCUAAUUUGUGUUAAGUUCAAUUCAGGAUUUUGGGCCAUUAAAUUUCUUAUUUGGAGACUAACAAACUUAUAGCUGCUAGAUUGGAAUCCUACUAUGAAAUGUUAGCCUUUGCAUUUGAAUUUGUCACCGUUAUUACAACCAUGCCAAGUGUUCAGUACUGCCGUACUAUUUUGUUCAGCCUCACCCACCAUCCUGCAGUCAUACAGACUGAACAUACUGUAUGAAAACUGGAAAACAUAUCCCUCAACAGAAAAUGAAAAUGCAUGUAAUAGCUGUGUAAUUUUCUAAUGUGUCUUUUAAUUCUGCUUUUCAGUUUGUCUGAAUUUCUCAGAAGUGUUGCUGAGGUUUACAGCACGAGUGUGUCAAUCCCAGUUAUUACAGUCAUGGUUAAGCAUCAGUACAUGUGUACAGGCAGAUACAUAUAUGAAUUUGUUUUUAUAUGUGUUAUGCAAACACAUUGAGAAAUGUAAGAAUACCUUUAUUUUACUAAACAAGUCGGGUGUGUCUGUGUUAGAAGAGAUGAUUUGAGUCUAGGACGUUUUUAGCAUUUGUUGACGUGACUUAUUUCUGCAAAUUUUGAGAUGCCUUGAGGUGAAGUACAAUGUUUAAAACAUUUUAGCAUGACCCUCAUGUCAUGUCAAAUAUAAAAAAAAGUUACAACCUUAAAUGCACCCUCUGCUCCCUCCUGUAUGUUGGGGUUGUUAACUUCCUCAGCAUCCUCUGCUUGUUCUGGUACCAUUAGCUUCAGGUUAACUAUGCUGGGGCAAAGGCUGGACAGUACCUUCUGUAUUGAGACUGUUUGCUCUUGAGCAAGCUGCAUCGUGACUCAGUGAUCAGUCUGAGUGGAAACAAAUGGUUAUUUCUUUGUAUUUGCUGUAAUGUAAACAACAGGACAUGGAUUUGCCAUUGAAGUGCAUCCUGUUAUGGCAGGAUUAGGGCAUUUCGCUCCUUUGUUUUGUUCUAUUUGGGGAACCUCCUUUAACUAACGGUUUAAACAUAUAAAUGUUUUUAUGGUAAAAUCAUCGAGAGCUUUGUCUUUAUGAAGUCGUAAUUGUCAAUAAAUGGUAUGUAUUGUAA